UUAUUAAUUUUUUCCAUAUCAUCAAUACGCUAAAUAUUUAAUGAAGAUAGAUAGUAAUCUUAAUAUAUAAAUGAAGGUAAAUAGAUAGAUCCUACCUCCAAAUCAUAUUUUCUAAUGAACGUGUAAAAGAAAAAUAUAAUAAAUAAUUUAAGACGAGGGCGAAUAGAAAUUGACGCUCUUUCGUCUAAAUCUCUCUCAUCCAAAUUUAAAAUAUUACAAUUAUAGCCAAACCCUCUUAAAAUCUAUAAAUAGACAUAUCCUUCCCAUACCCUCUCAUCAUUCACAAAAUAUUUUCCAUACUUUCCUCCAUAGCAUUCUUUGUCACAAUUCUUUUCAAUAGAAAAAUUUUAAAACCAUAGAAUAUUAUAACAAUAUAUAAUAAUAUCAUGUCUAUCCAAUGCAUUAUUCUUCUCAUUAUUCUUUUUGUCCUAUCAAUUUCAACUUGUAGAAGUAAUAAUUUUGAAGAAUUUGGCCAUGACUUUCAAGCUUAUCCUUCUUAUUUGGAAUCAUUUAUUGAAGGCAAUAACAUUCAAGAUGAAAUAAUUCAUUAUUUCAAUAAUAUUAAGAAGGUUGAAAAUAAGGUUAAAUUGAUUGAUGUUAGUAGUUUUGGAGCUAACGGUGAUGGAAAAACAGAUGAUACUAGGGAAAAGUUGAAAAGGGAAGAUGAACAAGUCUUUGAAGUCAAAAAGAGGUCAAAUGUGAAAGUAAAGGGCCAUCUUCUUUGCAUCCGCUUUCUAGUACCUGUUCUUCAUCUGCUUAAGCAGAUCAAAAGCAAGGUGGUAUUUUUGUAAUAUUGGGCAAAUGUGAAAUUGAGGCUUAAAUAGAAGAUUUUAGCUCAUUUUCAUCAUCUUUUAUCCAUCUUCCAUCACUACACACUCCUGCAUCUUAGCUUAGAUUAGGGUUUGUAAUUUCUUGGAGUUUGGAGCCUAAUUUGUACUAAUUUUGAGCUAAGAAGACAUUAGGGUGACUUUCAAGUAAAGAAUUAGCUAAUUUCAUUGGAGAUUUGUGGAGAUUUAAAGUUUGA